UCGGUCACAUGACGCGCGGUCGCCGGCUCGGCAGCCGUUACGGGCGCCCGAUGGGGACAAACCGGCCGGUGUUUGCGCCUCACCUGAGGAGUGGGUUGCGGGCACGCCGCGCUGCCUAACCGGCCCUGCCCGCGGGAGGCAGUGCGAGGGGCCGGAGAGCGGCAGCAGCGGGCCGGACAGGGUAGAGCAGGGGCUCUCCGGGUGCCUUCCCGCCGCUCUGGUUUACACAGAAUGGUGACCUUGCCUUCUCCCUGGCCCCCAGUCCUCCUUCUGUGCUGCAGUGAGACUUUGAGAUGAAUGAGAUUCUUCCACUUGAUCUGUGGUGACAGGAAGUCCUGGAAAUAACACUGAGGAUCCCUGGAUGGAUUGCCAAGUGGAUCUCAAAUAUGCUAAAUGUGUGCCUGUAAUACAGUGUUACACAAUCAAGAUCCUUCUGUGUUCUUCUUUCUGCUGUCUGAAGAAUGAGUGGGGCCGCGUUCCCAUCUCCAGCUGCCGAGAUGGCAGAAAUGAAUCGUCUUCAGUAUGAAAUGGAAUACACGGAAGGAAUCAGUCAGCGCAUGAGGGUCCCAGAAAAGCUCAAAGUAGCUCCUCAAAAUGCUGACCAUGAGAAGGGCAUCCAAGAAGGGUUUCCAAAUGCCAGUGUAACUAUGCAGGUUCCAGAGCGGAUUGUAGUGGCAGGUGAUAGUGGAGACAUUCCAUUUUCCAGACCACCAGACCUUGACCUUCUUCAGUCUACUCCAUUCAAACCACUGGCAUUGAAAACUCCUCCCCGUGUUAUAUCUCUUAGUGAUCGACCGCUAGAUUUUUUGGACCUAGAAAAACCUCCACAGCAGACACCUCAGAGUGAAGAGGUCCGCUCAGUGGGAAGACUGAAGAGAGAACGUUCCAUGAGUGAAAAUGCCGCUCGACAGAAUGGCCAACUGGCCCGAAAUGAUUCUAUGUGGUACAGAUCAGAUACUGUCCCAAGAAAUAAAAUGCCACGGUUCCAGUCACCUCUUUCGAAUAAGGAUUGCACUGUGACACCAUCACUGCAACAGGCCCGUGUCUGUCCUCCCAAUAUGUUACCUGAAGACGGAACUAAUCUUUACUCUGCUCGUGGCAUUUUGUCGUUUAUCCAGUCUUCCACUCGUAGGGCUUACCAGCAGGUCUUGGAUGUGCUGGAUGAAAACCGCAGGCCAGUGUUACGUGGUGGGUCAGCUGCUACCACUGCCUCUAACCCUCAUCAUGACAACACCAGGUACGGUCUUUCCAGCACGGAUACUCCACUUGAGGGAACACCAGACGACAUGACAGUUGUAGAUGCCGCUUCCUUAAGACGACAGAUAAUCAAACUUAAUCGGCGUCUACAACUUCUGGAAGAAGAAAACAAAGAGCGUGCUAAAAGGGAAAUGGUCAUGUAUUCAAUUACUGUAGCUUUGUGGCUACUCAAUAGCUGGCUUUGGUUUCGGCGCUAGACACAGCUCUGGGAGCAAAGAUGAAAAUAUAAGUUGCAAAAUCCUUUGUUUCUGUUUUUGAAUUGCAUUCUGUUUUAUAAUUCAUACACUGGAAACUUCCACCACAGAUAAAGAAUUGCAGUGUUAAAGGGACACGUUGUUCAGUUAUAAUGUAUUUAAUAGAUUUGCAUUGCAAACACUUGCAGUUCCUCCUUUGCAUGCUUCAGUGUAAAUAUGGAUCAGCCGAUAUGAAGUUUUCUUCAUGCAAUGUAAGGACAGUGAUCUACAGGAAAAAACACUGGAUGUUUUGAUACCGUGGGAAGAAAACCAAUGGAAUGGGUUUGGAAAAAAUCUAAAAACAAAGGAGCAAAAAUAAGUUUUUAUUGUUCUGUUGUUAGAUGCAAUUAAACAUGAUUGCACUAGUUUUCCUUUAGUCCGAGUAGUUUGAGGUGUGCCAUGUUCAAGGAGUGUGUCCCGUUUCAUGAGUAUGUUCCUUGUUUCAGCACAUGUUCAGGUCAAAUAAUAAAAGGUAUUCUUUGCUAACA